CUGUAUUUUAAAAUAAAAGAGAUGUUUUCUUAUCACCAAAGCAACCCAUUUCAUCUUUUGUUUACUAGAAAGUGGAUCAGAUUAACCGGGGAUGUUGCGCAAGUAUGUGUGCAAGCUGGCCAAUGUGUAAUAAAUGGGAGUGUUUAACAGUCUUGAAAGCAGAACAGCUCCAUCACUUCCUACUAGAGAGAACACUGCAUCGACCGCUUCAACUGUCAGUGCAAAUGGUGAGUCAAUGAAAUUUUUAAUUUGAUUUACUAACUGGGUUAUUCAUAUCAUAAUCCUUUUUCUAACCCUCAAAUGUAUGUGAUUUUGUGAAGGUAAUUAAGUAGCUGACUUUACUAGUUUGUUAUUGAGAGAUCGUUUAUUCGAUCAAAUAUACAUACAGUACAAUUUUAGACAAGAAAUUUCCUAUUUUUUGGAGAUUGAAAAGGAGUAGGUAGAAACUAUUUAGCCUAUUUGUACCUACCCUCAUUCCUUCCUAUUUGUUGACCCUUUACAUGUCAUGCAGACUUCAUAAUUGUUGAAGUCUGUAUGAAAUAAAUGAAACUGAGAUUUGUAAAGAAGAAUAAAAAUCAGAAAUAAAACUUCAUGUUUGACAACUUUUUCAUUCACAGCUUUUACCCAUCAUGGAUGAAUAUGAGGAGUAUGAUUAUAACAGCACUGAUUUCAAUUUCACUGAUUAUGUGAUUCCUGAAAUUGUGACCCCUGGGAUUCUACCAAUCCAGAUAGCAGCUCUGGCCCUCUACGGCCUUGUGGUGCUGCUGGGUGUCCCUGGAAAUGCUUUGGUGGUUUGGGUGACAGGAUUCUGCAUGCCCCGCUCCGUGACUUCCCUGUGGUUCCUCAACCUAGCCCUGGCUGAUCUCCUGUGCUGCCUCUCCAUCCCCCUACUGAUGGUCCCUCUUGCCCACGAUGACCACUGGCAUUUUGGUCCACUCAUGUGCACUCUGGUCAGAGGCCUGUUUUACAUGAUGAUGUACUGCAGCAUCCUGCAGCUGGUUCUGAUCAGUGUGGAUCGCUGGUUACUUGUCUGUAGACCGGUCUGGUGUCAGAACAAGAGGCGACCUAAGCAGGCUGCAUUUGUGUGUGUUGCUAUCUGGUGUUUGGCCCUCAUAGGGAGCAUCCCGCAGUUUCUGUACGCCGAAGAGAGAGGAGCAGGGGAAGAAAAGCGAGAGUGUCUGAUAAGUUACCCGAAACACAGCGCCUGGAUCGUCACUUCCUACCGCUUUAUCGUGGGAUUCGUCCUCCCCUUCCUGAUCAUUGUAGCCUGUCAUGUUGUGGUGUACAGCAAAGCAGAGAGUGGACUUUCAAGGGGUCGAACCCGCUCUCGGCGCACUCUGAGAGUCAUCGUUGCAGUGGUGCUGAGCUUCUUCCUGUGCUGGCUUCCUCUGCACAUAGUGGACUUCUUCGUCUUAGUGACUCCUCGACAUUCUCCAGAAAGUCCCAAAGUUUACCUGGCACACGUCCUUGCAUUGUGUCUGGCCUAUUUUAACAGCUGCCUCAACCCCCUGCUCUAUGUGUGUCUGGGCCGAGGCUUUAAAGACAGCAUGAAUCGCUCCCUGCGCAACAUCCUGCACUUCAUCAGCGAGGAUCCAAACAUCAAAGUGAGCAUUACAAACAAUGACACUAAGACCACCACCACCAAUGAGAAAGAGAUGACAAAAAUCUAAGAAUGUGUCAUUUAUAAUAUCCUGUACAGAAUGUUUUUAUUAUGUAAAGUGAUCCACUUCUUACUUCUGGUGUAAAGGAAGAAAUUUGGCUUUACUCAUAAAAAUACACAACUCAGAUUCACCAUGAACCCUGCAUUUGGUAACACUUUACAACAACCAUAAUUUAUAAAUGGUGAAUAGAUAGUUUAUUAAUGUUUAAUCAUCAUUUAAAAACAGCAUGUAGACCAAUUAUAAAUGCCAAAUAUAUAGUUUAUUAAUGUAAGUUAAAAGUACUUUACCAUUAACAAGCAAUGACAUGAUUAUUAAUUUUCAUUAACUAUUAAUGGACUAUUUUUUAAAGGUUUAUAUAGGAUUUAAAUAUUGGCUGUAAAACAUCUAGAUUGAAAUGUGUGUCAGUAGCACUUUGUACAUGGUUAAUAUUUGUUUUUUAAACCAUCUAUAAACAUCACUUAGAUGAAUAUUGUAAAGUUGCAGCUAAUGUUUGUAAUACUUUUUAAAUGAUUAAUACGUGGUUUAUAAACCACCAAUAAACAUUACUUAGAUGGUUAUUGUUCAGUAGGGGUUAGGGUUAGGUUUUUAAAAUUUGUUAUGAAUGAUGAUUAAACAUAAAUAAACUAUCUGCUUACCAUUUAUAAAUAGUCUAUUUACCAUUUAUAAGUUAUGGUUAUUGUAAAGUGUUACCAGAUUUAAAAUGAAGUGACAUGUGUAUGGUAAAUAAACUUUGUGUAACAGAAGGAAAAUGAAAACAGGCUUUUUAAAAUGUAUCUAAGAAAUGCCUCUGACAUAGAUCUACGCAUCAGAAACUAAUGGAAAAUGUGUCAUGUUUGCUGUGGAUGUUGCAACAUAACUUCUACUGCUUCUGUUUUCUCCAGCACAGGAUGAAGUGCAGAUUUUGCCCAGAGCAUUUGUGUUAUUCUAAGAAAUGCAGAAACGGGCGGUUUCCUUUUUUUUUUGUACCAACUGUGUUUUGUAAUUCAACUAAAGAAGUUUGUGACCUAGAUUAUGCACUAUUGAGACUACGGACAGUUAAUAAUACCAUCUUAAAGUGCAUAUAUAUCUGGUAUCCACAUGUAAGAGUAAUCCAGUUAUGCUAAGAGAAAAAGUCAUAUCUGCUUGUUUGACAGUGCUGCACAUCAUCCACUAGAGGGAGCUAUGUUCUGCAUUUCUGAUGCUCAGUUACUUGUGAUUGUAUAAAUGUGACCUCUCAGUUAUGGGACCGGCUGCCAGAGACCCUAAAGAUAGAUUUCUUUAUUUUUUGAUGUAAAUAGGUUUUCUAAAUAAAUCAUGUCCACAUCUCCAUCAUAUGCAAAUUCAUGAUAAUACUAUCGCUCCUGCCUGUCCUAAUGUGUGUUCUUGUAUUUCAGGAUGAUCAUAUUGUUCAGGCCAUUCAUCCUGUAUUACUAAGCUGAGUAAUAAAAAUAUCAAAUCUUUUACAA